UGAAAUGAUAGGUGGUCGGGCUUUGUUUGGCUGGACUGUUGCGCGCAAUAAGUCGAAGGGUUUUCGUGUUUCCUCCACUUGAGGGACUAUUAAGGCGGUCGAUGGCCACCGGGCGCGCCACACAGCACCACUUAGCGCCGCUGUGACACCCAGUGGAGCCUCUGUGUCGAGCUGAAGUCCUGGACACUCAGUCUCCAGUGGAUAACCAGCUCCCCCCACUCUCUCUUCCUCUUCCUCUCUGUGUCAGUGCGUACCCGCCGUGCGUUCUGCAUGCGUCAAGGGAGCACCGUGCGUAACGGGAGAGUCGUGCGUAACUGGAGACAGAUUUCACUCCAUUUUGCGCUGGGAUUCUGAGGACCACUGGCGGAGUAACGCUCACUUGCGAGGACACUGACCGCCAGAUCCGACAUAUUUCUCUUCUGAAACAUCUCCCGGCUGGUCUUUUCUCCCUCCCUCUCUUCACUCUACGCCAGUCGUACGUCAGAGCUGAGAUGACGACCGAGACCCCUCAGCAGCAGCUGGACCCUCCGCCUCCUCUGAGAUCCAGCCCGGCGUCCGGCGUCCUGCACCCCGCCAUGCUGAGCCCACAAGCCGCUACAGAAAGUUCGUCCACCGCCAUUAAAGGAAAGAAGACGAGCUCCGGUUUACGGCGACCGGAAAAGCCUCCUUACUCCUACAUCGCUCUCAUCGUUAUGGCAAUACAGAGCUCCCCCACCAAACGACUGACACUGAGCGAGAUCUACCAGUUCCUCCAGGCUCGCUUCCCAUUCUUUAGGGGCUCAUAUCAGGGCUGGAAGAACUCGGUCCGGCAUAAUCUGUCGCUGAACGAGUGCUUCAUCAAGCUGCCCAAAGGGCUGGGCAGGCCGGGGAAAGGCCACUACUGGACCAUCGACCCGGGCAGUGAGUUCAUGUUUGAGGAGGGCUCGUUUCGUCGCAGACCCAGAGGCUUCAGAAGAAAAUGUCAAGCUCUGAAACCCAUGUAUCGGAUGAUGAACGGCAUUGGCUUCGGCACCUCCAUUCUGCCGCAGAGUUUUGACUUUCAAGCUCCAUCCGCCUCCCUUGCCUGUCACAGCAACAGCUACAACUUGGACAUGAUGAGCAAUUCAAUGGCCGGGGGGUACGACGGGCUGAGCGGCGGACACCAUGUACCCCACAUGUCCCCGAGCCCCGGCUCCACAUACAUGGCGAGCUGUCCUGUGCCGUCGAACGGGGAGUACGGACCGGACAGCAGCAGCAGCCCGGUACCGUCCUCUCCAGCCAUGGCCAGCGCGCUGGACGGCCACUCCCCGUACGCCAGUACAUCCGCACACUGGGCGUCCUCCGGCGGGUCCCCCUACAUCAAACAGCAGCCUCUAGCCUCCAGCAGCCCCGCAUCCUCUGGUUUACACUCCGGCAUGUCGCCUUACUCCCUGGAGCAGAGCUAUCUUCACCAGAACGGCAGGGACAGCCACACCAGCGACAUAUCAGUGGGGAUUCCACGCUAUCAGAGCCACUCCUCGGUGUGCGACAGGAAAGAUUUCGUGUUAAACUUUAACGGCAUCUCCUCCUUCCACCCCUCGGCUGGCGGAUCCUACUAUCACCAUCACCACCACCACCACCCCCAGAGCGUGUGUCAGGACAUCAAACCGUGCGUGAUGUGAGCUCUGCUGUCACUGCGGACUCCAAACCAGAGUGGCAGCGACGGCCAGUCAAACUGCAGCUCCGUCACAUGACAGCAAACAAAGAGGACAUUUUUUUAACUCUCUUAUUUUUUUUAUUUUUGGAGGAUUCAUACCAGGAUGUAUCGUGGCGUCCGUACUCACAUGUUUGCCUCCUACCUGCAGCCAAAGUAGCUUUUUUGGUUGGGACUUGAGAAAACUAUGCAUUGAAGGAAAUGAAUGAAGAAACCCCCCCCCAGAGGCCUUUAGAAAAACCACUUCGCCUAUAUGAACCCUGACAAGCGUUUUCUUCUUCAAAAGAAGUUUCAGAAACACGACUUUUAAUGUGUUUGCUCCUGUAAACCGUGCAAACAAACUAUAUUCUAUGUAACUAUGUUCUAUCCUAUUAGAGUAACUACACACGUGACGCUUUAGGCUAACAUGAACUGCAACAAACCUUGCACUUAUUGUAUAACCCUUUGCCAACUUUGUGUCUUGUAAAAGGUUUCAAUAAAGCUGAUAUAUAUUUUAGGCUACAUCCCUAAAGACUUCUGUCUUUCCAUGCACAUUCAAUGUAAAAAAACUUCAUUCAUUUGCAUCAGAGGGAAUUUGCAUACAGCAGAAACAUUUCAUAUUACAUUUUAAAUAUGGCUUUCUGGCCGGUUACACGUUUCCAGAAUGGUCAGCAGGGAUGGAAAGUAACAUUAACCAUAUUUGAGGCACUUUAAUUGAGUUUUUGCAUUUUCUGCUACUUUAUACUUUAUACUCCUAUAGUUGGCAGCUGGAGUUUAUUUGCAGAUUAAGAUUCAACAUGAAAAACCUGUAAUCAGUUUAGAAUAUUUUAAGAUUGAUUAUGGAUUCAACUACAGAAUCGUUGAAAUGAUCUCCCUUUGCAAACAGCUACAGCUUUAAAAUUCAGCUUACAUGUUAACACAUCCGUAAUUAUAAUAAACUAAUACAACAGACA